AAAUACAAUCAUAAAAAGCUUGUGGUGUUUCCAUUCUAAAUUAACCUAAAAUUCACAUUAAUUGUUUUGUUGUAUAAAAUAAAUAAAAAUUAACCAAGUAAAAAGUAGGACUCACCACAUAAUGUCAACAAACGACGAAGUAUUACAAAUGCUGCCCAACGAUGCUGUUCGCUCGGCACUUCUAGAAAUAAUACAUAAUAACAUUCCAACUAAAAACUAUACCCUUCAAACCGAAAAAGGAUCAUCAAUAGGUGACAACUACGUUGGUAUUGUCCAUCGCUUAAUUAUCUCGUAUGAAGAAAGCGACAAUAAAGGCUCUCUUGAACCAAAGAAGAUGAGCAUAUUUGUUAAGGUUCCACCCGAUAACAUUCAAAGACGUAAUCAAUUCUUUGCCCGACCCUGUUUCCUUAGAGAAUCACUGAUGUAUGAUGAGUUUUUGCCACUUUUAGUGAAAUUUCAGGAAAAUAAAAGUAUCAAUACUGAAAAGGAUGGAUUCAAAGAACAUGCCAUAUGUUACAAGACUCUUACUGAUGAUCUUCAAGAAGCCAUUUUUAUGGAAGAUCUCGCCGUAAAAGGCUUUUGCAUGAAUGAUCGAUUUGUCCAUCCAUCAUUGGACAUAGUUAAGUUAAUAAUGCGAGCUUUAGGCAAGCUCCAUGCAUUGUCUUUUGCAUUGAAGGAUCAAUGUCCUGAGGAAUUUGCAAAAUUUAGAGAUAUUGAAGAGAUCUUUGAAAGAAGUGAUAAGUUCUUUGUAGAUUAUAUGAAUGGCCUAAAAACUCUUGCCUGUGAUGCAUUAUCGAAGGAAGGUGAUGAGGAAAAUCUCGAGAUGGUGCAAACCUACUUUCAAAAAAAGCCGAUUUACAAUCAAGUUAGAGAACUCCUUGAUAGCUCUAGAGCAGAGCCAUAUGCUGUAGUUUGUCAUGGCGAUUGUUGGAAUAAUAACAUUUUAUUUAAAUUUGAAAAUGGUAAAGCAAUAGAUAUUAAAUUAAUUGAUUGGCAAAUAUCAAGAUUUGCUUCGCCAGUUUGUGACUUGUCUUACUACAUUUUUUGCUGUACAUCUAAAUCAUUUCGAGAUGAAUACUAUCAAGAAAUAUUGGAUGUUUAUUAUUCUGAAUUGGACCAAUUUUUAAAAAGACUGGGAUCCGAUCCGUCAGUAUUAUUUCCACGAUCAAUUUUUGAAGAUCAAUUGAAAAAGUUCGGUUCGUUUGGAAUGGUAAUGGGAUUAAUGCUUAUACCUACUUUAACAACAAAACCAGAAAAUGUACCUGAUUUGGAUGAUUUAAGUGCAAAAAUGGAAGCCGGAGACUUGGAAUCUACGAAAGAGGCUUUUGAAAAUAAAGUUCCUGAAACACUUUCCAGAAUUCGUGAUGUUGUUAUUGACAUGAUUAAACUAAAAUAUUUAGAAUAAGAUUGGUUUUUCAAGAUGAAAAUAAGUUGUUUAAAAUUUUAUGUAUUUUAUGUAUUGUGAAUGUAAAAAUUUUAACUUAAAAUUUAAAAUUCGAUCUUUAAAAAAAAAUAAAAUAAUACACAUUCUUAGAUGAAUUUAAGCACAA